AAUAAACUAAAUGAAGGUUUUGGAGUGGCCUAGUCAAAGCCGGUCUUAGAUCUGAUUGAGAUGACCUUAAAAAGUUCAAUCAUGCUGGAAAAUCCUCCAGUGUGGCAGAAUUUAAACAACUCUGCAGAGAAUAGUGGACCAAAAUUCCUCCACUCUUUAACUCUAUUACCUCCUCAAGUAUGGCAAAGUAGGUUUGGGAGUGCUUUUCCCUUAGUUGAUUAAAUCAUCAUUUAAAACAGUGCAUUUUGUUUCUUCUCAAGUUAUCUUACAUCAAAAUGUAGUAGAUACUGUGAAAAAGUGAUGAAUAUUGAACCCAAGACAAUGCAACCGUUAUGGAAUUUUACUUAACUGAUGUUUUGCACAUCCUUUAUAUUUCUUUGAAACUAUGACAACUUAGUUGUUCUCUUUUUCUGGCAGAAAACUGGUUUGUAAUGGGAUAAAAACUCCUUCUUAGUAUAGUUUUAUGAGGCAGCUUAGUGCCUCUUGACUUGAGCUAUUGUAUCAAAGCUGACUUGUGUUUAAGAAACACAAUUUUGGGCUGAACAAAAAGGAAAUGAUCCAGAUGUGUAUCUUAGAAGGAGGGUUGAGGAUUUGAAAACUGUAGUUCUGUGUUCGAGAGUUAAAACAGUCUCCAAGCUCUUAUAUAACUUGUUAAUUUUCACUUUAUGCAAAAGUAUGAGCACUGAGGUUUGAGCUAAACAAAGCAGACGAGAUGAGUACAACUCUCAGGCAAAAGGAUUGCUUAAAAUGAUCCCUAUAAGUAUCACAUGGCAUUGUGCCUCUAUUUGACUAGAGGGUGACUCAUUCAUUCAGACUGCACACCCAUAACAGAAAGAGAGAGACAGAGAAAGAUGGCGAGAGAGAGAGAGGGAGAGGAACAACCACCUACCGAGUGCCAAACUUGAGGCCAACCUCUCUCCUCCCAUCCCAUCUCAUUCUUUCCUACAUGGGCAUUCAGAUGAGCUUGUAGACAGAGCAGUAACGUCUGAGCAGAGCUGGAGAAGUAAGACGGACUCUCACAUCAUUAGAUAACAACCAAAACUAACAGAAAAGUCUGCAGAUAACUUCGGAGCAGCGUUUUCUCUUCAUCUGAGCAGCUUUAAAAGAUAGCAGAAAGGUGCAAUGGCGACGCCCAAAAACACUCCCCGAGGUGCAAACACACCACUGUCCCCCAACCGAAUCACCCGGCUCCAGGAGAAGGAGGACCUGUGCAACCUCAACGACCGACUGGCCAUCUACAUCGACAAGGUGCGCUCUCUGGAGGCUGAGAACGCCGGCCUGCGUCUGCGCAUCACCGAGUCAGAAACAGAGGUGACCCGGGAGCUGACGGGCCUCAAGGCGGCCUAUGAGACCGAGCUGGCCGAUGCUCGCCAGACGCUGGACUCUGUGGCCAAAGAGCGGGCACGCCUGCAGCUGGAGCUGGGCAAGCUGAGGGAGGACUACAAGGAGCUGAAAGCAAGGAACAGCAAGAAAGAGUCUGAACUGACCGCAGCGCUGCAGAGGCUCAAAGAUCUGGAGGCUCUGCUCAAUUCCAAAGAUGCAUCCUUGACUACAGCUUUAGGAGAGAAGCGUAACCUCGAGGUGGAGAACAGGGACCUGAAGGCGCAGGUUGCCAAGCUGGACACAAGCUUGAGCGAUGCCAGGAAGCAGCUGCAGGAGGAAAUGCUGAGGAGGGUGGAUGGAGAGAAUCGCAUCCAGACCCUGAAAGAGGAGCUGGAGUUUCAGAAGAACCUUCACUCUGAGGAGCUGCGGGAGAUAAAGCGCCGCCAUGAGUCCCGUAUGGUUGAGCUGGACAACGGACACCAGCAGGACUUUGAGAGCAAGCUGGCCGAGGCUCUGACUGAGAUGCGGAGCCAGCACGAACUGCAGAUUAAGAUGUACAAGGAUGAGAUUGAGAAGACCUACAACACCAAGUUGGAAAGUGCUCGUCAGUCAGCGGACAGGAGCAGCCACCUGGUUGGAGCAGCACAUGAGGAGCUCCAACAGACUCGAAUCCGCCUCGAGUCUGUGUCCUCUCAGCUCAGCCAGCUGCAGAAACAGCUUGCAGCCCGUGAGGCAAAGAUCAGGGACCUAGAGGAUGCCCUGUCUCGUGAGCGGGAUACCACUCGCCGCCUGCUGGGAGACAAAGACAGAGAAAUGGCUGAGAUGAGGCAACAAAUGCAGCAACAGCUGGAUGAGUACCAGGAGCUGCUGGAUGUGAAGCUGGCUCUGGAUAUGGAGAUCUGUGCUUACAGGAAACUGCUGGAGGGAGAGGAGCAGAGGCUGCGUCUCUCCCCCAGUCCUCCGCCCACCAAAAUGACAGGGAGCCGCUCCUCCUCCACAGGAGCUCACUCUCGAUCCGUCCACUACACUUCUCAGAACUCUCCUGCCAAGAGACGCCGUCCCAAUGACACGGACAGCGAGGCCUCCAGCUUUGCAGGCGGAGCUGUGUCCCGCACUCGUAUCACCCAGCAGGCUUCAGCCAGCGGACGAGUCACUGUGGACGAGGUGGACCUGGAUGGAAAAUAUGUCAGACUUGGAAACAAGUCAGAUGAGGAUCAGAAUUUGGGGAACUGGCAGGUGAAGCGACAUGUUGGAUCUGGUGCUCCCAUCAUCUUCAAGUUUCCAGUAAAAUUCACCUUGAAGGCCGGACAGAGGGUCACGAUCUGGGCCUCUGGUGCUGGUGGGAGCCACAAUCCUCCCUCUGACCUGGUGUGGAAGACUCAGGCCUCGUGGGGCACUGGAGACCUUCUCCAGACAACCCUGAUCAGUGCCAGUGGAGAGGAAAUGGCAAUGAGAAAAGUCACCCGUACACAUUUUGAUGAUGAUGAUGAAGACAUGCAGGUAGCUCACAGCACCUGUGGGGACAGCGAAUACAAUCUGCGGAGUCGGACAGUGGUCUGUGGCUCCUGUGGACUUCCUUCGGAAAAAUCCAGUAACUGCUCCGUGACCUCAGCCUCUCGCUCCUUCCGCAGCGGAGGAAUCUCUGAAGGUUUACUGCCGCAGUCCUAUGUGUUCAGCACCAGCACUCCUCGCAAGACUGGAGCGAAGCUGGAGACCUGUCCGAUCAUGUGAGCCUGUGGAUCCACGCUGAAACACAUCGUCUGCAUAAGUUUUCAGCCAUUUGUUCUUUAGUUACCAGUUGUAGUUAUUUAGGUCAUACCUUUUAAUAUGGAAUGAUUUUCAAGAUACUGUUUGCAAUAAAACUUUAUACUGCUUUUUUAUAAUGUAAAUAAGCAUGCUUAUGAAAUAUUGUCUUCAAUUUUUAUUACCAUCUUUGUCUGUAUUGGUGACAUUCCUUCAAAAUACCAGCUACUUCAACAGCUUAAAUGGACAGUAUGAAAUCUUCAACAAUGCAGAUAAAAGCAUACGUUUAAACUCUAGUACUUUUUGUAUCCAAUUUAAUUCAGAUUUUCAAUACACUCUGUUCACAUGCUGAUGCAGUAGGGUUGCAGUGUAUACAUUUUGCUCAGUGAUUAAAAAAAAGACAUUUACUAUGACUAUUUUUUCAGGGAAGUUGACCCCAAACUUGCUUUAAAACUACACAAUAUUUUGUAUUUUUGCUGAUAUAAAUAAACAUGUUUUAAGAUC